AAAGAGGCCAAAUCCCAUUUUCAAUCGACGACUCAGAUCAGAUCCACUUCAAGACAAGUCGCCGAUGACGCGUCCCAUUCCCAAUGCUCCUCGCUAAAUUCAACCCAGGGAGGAGGAUUCCAUUCAAGUGGCCCGCCGUCGCCUCGUCUCGUUGGUUCAUCAAUCAAAAUCUGCAGGACGCUUCGUGCUGCUGCAACCUAUGCCGCCUAUAGCAGCUACCUUUCCCUGAAGCCUGAAGCCGGAGACGGAGCCUCAAUCACUGCUCUCACAAACCGAACGGAUUCGAUCUCCUUCUCCUUCUCCUUCUCCUCUGUGGAUGCAUUUUACAGCCCUAGCGUUUGAUCUGUUCUUGCAAUGGACGGCGCCUCGAUCCGCGUGCCGUACAGGAAUCUGAGGCAGGACGCGGAGGUAGAACUAGAAUUGGUGGGAGUGGACGAAGCUCAUCACCAGCACCAUCGUCACAACCAUCCUCAUAAUCGUUAUCAUGGGGAUGAUAAUCGGGUUGCGAUUGGUCGCGAUGAGAAAUCGAGGGUUUCGAAUGGGGACCUCUCCGAUCUGUCGUCUGGUUCUUCUCCGACUCACCAGCAGCACGCGACUUUGUUGACGUUGGUCCUCGCUUGUACCGUGGCCGCCGGCGUUCAGUUCGGUUGGGCUUUGCAGCUUUCUCUUCUCACUCCUUACGUUCAGACACUUGGAAUACAACAUGCUUUUUCGUCAUUUAUCUGGCUCUGUGGCCCUAUUACAGGCCUUGUGGUUCAACCUUGUGUAGGUAUUUGGAGUGAUAAAUGCACUUCAAAAUAUGGAAGAAGACGGCCAUUUAUUCUUGUUGGAUCUCUCAUGAUCUCAAUUGCUGUGAUAGUAAUAGGGUUUUCUGCGGACAUUGGAUAUUUGUUAGGGGACGCAAAAGAGCAUUGCAGCACAUUUAAAGGUACUCGGACAAGGGCAGCUUUGGUCUUCAUCAUUGGGUUCUGGAUGCUAGAUCUUGCUAAUAAUACCGUGCAGGGCCCUGCUCGCGCUCUUCUUGCUGAUUUAUCAGGACCUGAUCAACGAAAUACAGCAAAUGCUGUAUUUUGCUCAUGGAUGGCAGUUGGAAACAUCUUAGGAUUCUCUGCUGGUGCUAGUGGAAAUUGGCACAGGUGGUUUCCUUUCCUGACAAGCAGAGCUUGCUGUGAAGCCUGUGGAAAUCUUAAGGCUGCAUUUUUAGUCGCGGUGCUUUUCCUUACUUUUUGUACACUUGUGACCCUCAAUUUUGCAAAGGAGGUUCCAUUAAUACCAAGAGAGCCCCACAUAGCAGAUUCUGCUCCCCUCUUGGAUGAUCCUCAACAGAUGGUGUUUGACCUUUCAAGAUCUCAACCUGGUGCACAUGUAGUUGAUAAUAUAUCAAGGAACAAGUCUGAGAGUAGUGACGGAAUGGAUCAAAAUUUAAAGAGCCCAGACGUAAGAACGGUGGAAGAGCAAAAUCAAAAUUUCUUUGAUAGCCCCGGAGCAGUAUUAGUCAAUUUGUUGACCAGCUUGAGGCAUUUACCACCGGCCAUGCAUUCAGUACUUAUUGUCAUGGCCCUUACCUGGUUGUCCUGGUUUCCAUUUUUUCUUUUUGAUACGGAUUGGAUGGGACGAGAAGUUUACCACGGGGACCCAAAAGGAGAUGCUUCUCAAGUCAAAGCUUAUGAUCAGGGUGUCAGAGAAGGUGCAUUUGGUUUGCUAUUGAAUUCAGUUGUUCUCGGCAUUAGUUCAUUCUUCAUUGAACCUAUGUGUCAGUGGAUGGGUGCAAGACUUGUUUGGGCAAUGAGCAACUUUACUGUGUUUGCCUGCAUGGCUGGCACAGCUAUAAUUAGUUUGGUUUCAGAGAGGGAGUAUGCCCAAGGGAUUCAGCAUGUUAUUGGAGGUGGUGGGGCGAUCAAGAUCGCCUCCUUGGUUGUAUUUGCUCUUCUCGGCUUUCCACUUGCUAUUACAUACAGUGUUCCCUUCUCUGUGACGGCAGAGUUGACUGCAGAUUCAGGAGGUGGUCAAGGGUUGGCCAUAGGGGUUCUAAAUCUUGCAAUUGUCGUGCCUCAGAUGGUCGUGUCCCUUGGAGCGGGUCCUUGGGAUGCCCUAUUCGGUGGAGGCAAUAUACCUGCAUUUGUUCUCGCUUCCUUAUGUGCCUUAGCGGCUGGAAUUAUUGCCACUCGGAAGCUGCCAGACCUGUCAAGCGGCUUCAGAUCAUCCGGCUUCCAUUUCGGUUGACUAGCUUUCUUUCUCGAUGAGGAGGCGACGAGCAACUUGCAUCCGAUGCCAAGAACCGCUCAGAACCCAGUCUGGGGGACGAACUUAGAGCGAGAGGGCAGACUUGGGUGAAAAUGAAAUAGUACGCAAUAUAUAUUCGUUGAGGCAAUGCUGUUCGAUAUUCAAAUUCAUUCUUUAUUCCCAUACGUUGGGAUAUACGUGUACGUGUAGGGGGGAAUGGUAGUGUAAAUCGUGGGUUAUAGGGGGGUGGAUUGGAGGUCCUACUUUCACAUUCUUAAAUCAUCUUCUUGUUGGUUCGUGGCAUAAAGAGAAUCUAAUUGAGCUGCCUGUUGCGGUUGUUGUUCUAAUAAUACGAGUUAUGGUAGUAAAUAGGAAUGCCCAACUCUACAAAUGCUUAUUUCAAAUCAAUGCGCUAAUUAAUAAUACCUUCUCAGCUUGAAUAA